UAUUAAGUCAUUUACUAUUACAAUAUGGAAUAAAAGUGAUGACACCCAAAAGAAGCUCCACAUGCAGUCACCGAAAAGAUGGGAGCUGGUACAAGGACUGGGCAAACCACAAGGGGCGCCAUCCCGGUUUCAUCUGCAAGCACGACGACAGGCACAAAGCUAAGUUCACGCCCGUCUCGCUGAGCAGAAUGGAGCGGAGGCAGUGCUGGGUAUAGGAGCACCCAGCUCUGUCCAUUGCUUCGUUCCAUAUUCACAACUCGGGUCUAGACGUGAAGCUCCAGACUGGCGGUUCUCGGCCUUUUCAGCCUCCAGGACCCCUUCUUCGGUCAGCCCCGAGCUUCCCCCGUUUUUUUUUUUACAACGGGAACGGAACAAAAAAAGUGCUCUUGGAGGUAACAACGUGAUGGAAUCUCAGGAGUCAGACCAAAGCUUGUCUCCUCUAGUUGCUGAACAUGAUAAACAUCUGGAAGAAAUGAGUGAACAGUUGCGAUUCUAUCAGGUACAGAUGGGCGAGAUGAGACUGAAGCUUGAACAAGUCAUCAAGGAAAAUGAAAGGCUGCAUGAAGAACUGAAGGAAGCUGUUGAGAAACAGUUAGAAACCCUUCCUCCUAGUACUUUUCUGGGAAGCGAUGUAUUUGCAGAUGAAGACAUAAUAAGAAACCUCCAAGACCAGUUACAUCUAGCCAAUCAAGAAAAAGAACAAGCACUAGAACUCUGGCAGACAGUAUCACAGGAACUAGAUCGACUCCAGCAGCAGUACCAGGAAUACAUGACUGAAACCCACAUUCACACGGUUGAAAGGCAAAAGCAAAAAGAUCAGCUGAAUGGCUUUCAACAACUAACUAAGCAACGUCAUUUAGCCAAUGAGAAAACAGAGUUGGCUAACCAGCAAUUCCUGAGAACACUAACAGAACAGAACGUGGAACUAGAACAGCUACGCAAACAACUGAGGCAAACCAAGGUAGAUGUGAGAACAGCAACUGCAAAGGUUGAUGAAAUGACCAAAGUGAUUGAGGAUCUUCAAUCUCAAGUGGAGAGAAAGGAAGAAGAUGUAGUAUCUGCUCGGGAGAGAGAGGAAGCAUCAGACAGACACUUGCAGCAACUACAGUCUAGCAUAAAACAAUUAGAAACAAGACUUCGUGUAGCCACUCAAGAUGCCGAACAAUUGAAAACGGCAAGAACAGCCCUUGAGAAGCAAGUUAGAGAGCUACAGGCAAAAUGUUCACAUCUCGAAGAAGAGAAAUAUGAUGCUAUCGUAAAAGUCCGAGAUAGCAUGCAGCUCUUAGAGGAAGCUAAUCUACAAAAAAAUCAGGCCUUGUUUGGAGAGAAGCAAAAAGAAGAGGAAAUAGAAAAUAUGAAAGAAGCAGUUUCUCAACUUGUACAAGAUGCUGCUGCGAGAACUAGAAAGGAAGUAGAAGCUGCAAGGAAACAGUACAAUAUACAGAUUUCUCGACUAUCAGAAGAACUUACUGCUCUCCAAAUGGAAUGUGGAGAAAAGCAGAGUCAAACAGAACGGGCUAUUAGAGAGAAGCGAGCAGUGGAAGAAGAACUCGAAAAGAUAUACCGUGAAAACCAAGGAAAUGAAUAUGAUUACAGAAAACUAGAGGAACUGCAUCAAAGAUGCCUAAGAGCAGAAAGUGCAAAAGAUGACCUUCAACUGAGUCUGCAGUCAGCACAAAACAAAAUGAAGUAUCUGGAAAUGAACUCUGAGGAAGCGAUAUCUCGUUGCCAGGAAAUGGUUCAUAAGUUGCAAAGCAUUCUGGAUUCCGAAAGAGAAAAGUCUGGUUGUGUCAGUGAACAAAGGCUACGACUACAGCAAGAAAAUGAACAGUUGCGAAAAGAAAUAGAGGACUUGAAGAAAUUUGCCAUGGAGGCACAAAAAAAGGCUAAAUUCAAGAUAAGCACAAUGGAACAUGAGCAUUUAGUGAAAGAGCACGGAUUUGAGGCCCAACUGAAAGAGCUAGAAGAUGCUAACCAAAAUUCCACUGGUGAACUGAGACGUCUUUUGGUAGCUCAGCAAAAAGCAACAAACCGGUGGAAGGAAGAAACAAAGAAGCUGACAGAAACAACAGAGACCAGGAUCAGUAACCUGAAAAGUGAGCUAUGUCAACAAAAACUUCACACUCAAGAGCUGCUUUCUCAGCUGGAAAUAGCAACUGAAAAGGUAAUAGAGAAUGAAAAAUUAAUGAUAGAACAUGAAGAAAAAGUCAACAGGCUUCAAAGACGGCUAAGCCAGGCAGAGCAGAGGGCAGCCACUGCAUCUCAACAGCUCAGGAUGAUUGCCAUGCAGAAGAAAAAGUCUGCCUCUGUGAUGGAUCUGGAAAACAUUUAAAAAUAUGCAUUGUUCAUUUACAGCGUUUAAGAGUUGGGAAAACCAUCAGAGAAGCACAGUACUGGAUCACUGAAGUCUAUAGUGCAUCAUGGGGCUUGUGGAAUUUGCAUUAACAUUUUCCUUUCUGUUUGGACAAGGAAGAAUGAAGCCGAACUGUAGCUUCCUCACAAUAAAUACACACAAGAGAUUGGAAUACAACAAAUGAGCACCAAUGUAACAGGGAACAAUUUCAGAAGUUAAUCACCUUCAUUAAUGUAUAAAAUAAAACAAAUUUACUAUAGGGCAGUGUUUCCCAACCAGUGUGCCGUGGCACAAAAGCGUGCUGUCAGAAAUGAACAGGUGCGCCAUGGAAUUUUGCCAUGGCAAUGAGCUACAAUAGGUAUGAGGGUGGGGAAUGCCUUAACUGGUGCACCGUAGAAAUUUUUUUUUUUUAAUGCAAGCGUGCCUUGGGCUGGAAAAGGUUGGGAAACACUGCUAUAGGGCUUUGGGGAUUUAUUUCAUUUCUCAAAAGCAAGUGCUGCAAUCAUGACAAAGUAUUAAAGAAAUGCCUACUGGUUCGUCUAAAAACACCUUUAUUCUGUACAUAGUUGUAUUGAAUUUUAUAUGACAGCGUUUCUUAACGUAAUAAACUGAAUUUUCUGAACAAAUUCUUGUGCGUGAGAAGGAAUGUGCAGCACCUUCUCUGAAUUAAGUUGAGAAAUCACCUUUCAUUUUCAGUUAGUAGGUGCAUAUGGGUGAUAGUUUUGCAUAUCUGUUCUGCCUCCUCUUUUUGAACUAUUCAGUAUCUUUAGGUGACUACUUCUGUGCUGUCCAUGGAAAAUAAUAAA